CGCACACGACCACAAACUCCGUAAGUCAAGUAUGGUAGCUGUCAACACUUCGAACUUUGUAUAAUAUCUGAAAAGAAGCGUACCAGUUAUUUCGAAGUAAAAUGCGUUAACCGUAAAAUCCUACCAGGGCCUACAGACCUCAAUGUCAUUCUACUCCAACAGAAAAAAUUAUUACUAGUAAAAUCACGGUUAAUUUUGAAGCCAAAUAUUCUAGUACUGGUCCUACACAGAUCUACUAGUUUUCGGUCACUUUUAYCACUACAAACAGCUCAAUGAGGUAAAAUAAGCUAAACACAAUAGCUCCGGAAAKGCUUGUAAUGAGAUCCCCUUUGGGGAAAAGCUUCUUAAUAGUAUUGGGAACAGCCCCAUGUGUCAUUGUUACACGAUUAGGGGCCUGGGGAGAGGCUAUUCACCAUUAACAGCCGGUAUGGCCAAAAUUGGCCGGUUUACAAGACCGCCUGCUGGUUAGAAAAUAGGCCACCAGAUCUUUAUCAAAAAACAACUUUAGACCACCAGACUAAGUGCCCAGACCAAGAUGAUACAAUUACUUAGUGAUCCAGGUCAUUGGGAUGCUUAAGGAUGCUCUGGCGGCUUAGAACUGGUCUGCCAAAGGUAUACUAGUGGGUGGGUGAAAAUYGCGCGUUAAUUUUGGCUGUAAUUUUAUAUCGAAAUAACUGGUACCAUAGAAUGCUACGUGAUUUAGUACGGGGUUCUCUUCAUCCGGGUGUUUUCUAGGUAGAAAAUUUUCCUGCAAAAUGCUCCGGAUGGAAAGCAGCUGUUCAGGAGUGCUCUACACCGGGGGAAAGAGGUGAGUUAGUAAAUCAAUCUACUCUGUUGUUGGAUAUGGUGCUGAUGAUGGUUAUUGAGCUGAGGUAAGUCCCUUUUGUUGCUCAUAACCUGUGAAAUGCUAAUAGGCUCCUUAGUGUACGAUAAUACGUGGUUUACAAUAAAGAGUGAGAUUGUUAUUCACUAUCGAUUCGUGAUUUGGUGGUUAAUGUCUCACACGACUACAUAAUUGACGUAAUCAUCCGAUACAACAUACAGUACAGUACCGUUAUGAGAAAAGGUUCUACCGUAUCGUACGAAGAUAUGAGUCCUCUAUUAUGUGUCGGAUGUACCGGUAUGAUGGACGAUUGAGUUACCAAAACAAAAUCAUGGCAUGGUACAACAAAUAUAAAAAAAUGAGCAAUACUAGAAGGAAAAACACAAUAAUACAGCAAAUAGUAGAUUUAUGUGUUAUCGAUGCCGUGGGAUGUAUUCUGCUGAUGUACCAUGCGGUGCGAUCGUAUGCUGAAGGAAAAAAUCGUUUUCCCUGAAUUAUAUCUGCUGAAAAGUGGAGGAUUGUUGCUACUCUACUAGAGCCAACAAAGAAUCAACAAAUCUCUACCGCUGUUCAAUGUGCCGGUUGUCGCACGAUCCUCGUGCAAUGGCACCAGGGAAGAUUUCGGAAGCAGACAACAUGGUGGGAGGCGGCAGCUUUUCGUUUCUCCUCCAAUGAUAUGUGGACCACCGUGCCACUGUGACAACAGCACCAAAUCCAUCGAAUCAAAUCGGAUCAGAUCGAAAGUUCCGAUCCAAUGCAAUCCAAUGCAGAAUGCAAUGAUGGGAUCAAAGAAAUGAGAUGUGAUGCAAUGUGAUUCGGGAACGUACAGGGCCGAUUGGACGCGGUCUUUCUCAUUGCAUUCCGACGCCUGACACACGGUAGGUUGGUGCCCAUUGUGUCGGUGGGAUUGGAUGGUGUAGCGUGGUGCGUUUUGUUGUGGAGUGCGUGACAACAGCCCACAAAAACGCACCGGACUCGCCGCAGCCUCGCCAAGACCGGUGUGCAUCAUGGUGCACACCACACCACACCACACUACACUACACCACUCGCUUGUGGACCGGAAUCCUGCUGCAGUGCGCUCGGCAGUUGCGUUGUGGAGAGGCCCGCUUGCUUGUGUGCUUUAGGUCCGAGACAACCACGGCCGGGUUGGUCUGCUGUGCGAUGCCUGUGAUUAGAACCGCUGAUAGAAUAUAAAUCUGCAAUACAUGAAUAUAAUUUUAAAAAUUGGUCGUCGAUGCAACAAGAAAAGUUCCGAUAUGAUGUAGGUGGUUAGCAUACUUGCCUUUCACGCAGGAUACCAGGGUUCGAGUCCCUGUAUCGGAAUAUGUUUUGCUCCGCUGCAAAUAUGUCUUGCUCCGCUGCAAAACUGCACGGCGUGGGGAGUUUUUCUCUGUCCAACAUCCAUUGGUACAACAGUACGGUAGGAACAUCCAAAAGGGUCUCUUCACGAAAGAUUGAGGAAUGGACGUGGAAUAGUAACAGUAAGACUGUACGUGAAGUACUUAUCUCGUUUCGUGAGGUACUACUUGGUACGUACAUACAUACCGCUCAUAGCGGUAGGUUCAAAAAUUUUAAGUAUGGAAGGUCAAUGACGCCGACAACGCGCCAAAAAGUUCAAACUAAAUCCCGGGAAGGCGGCUGUGCGUGCGGAACAUACCACACAGAGCUGUAGAUAGGACACGCCUGCUCCAACAAGAAUUUUCUCGUGUCCCAUGGAAAUCCAAACGCGUCUCACUCGUGGCCUGACGAUCGUGACUCAUAAACGAUGGAAGACCCACGCACCAUUUGGUCGCAAGAAGGUGCCCGGAAUUCCCGGUCUUCCGUUCCGUAGGGUCUUCUUAGGAGAAGCGGUUGGAUUCGACGAAAAUAAAUCCGUUGUUGGAUGGGUACUAGUAGCAACCCUACGUCCAACGGCAACCGGUGACACGCCGUUCAGAUCGGGGAUGGUGCCAAGCAAUGCCAAUCCGGACCAUACCGGCGGCAUUCCGCGUCGCGUAGGUUAUGGUACGUUACCAACGGGGAAGACAACAUACCGUCCGAUGCGGUCCACUCUGUGUUACGAGUACGAGUACUACCCGGGUCUACGCGCCCAACCAGGAACCUGCCGAUUAAAAAAAAUGAUGAUCCCACAACAUCAAAAAUAUCAAUAUCAACACCACCACGAAACAGAAACAACCUAUCGAUUCCGGCCACUCCGUACGAUUUUUGGGAUAGCUCGCCGACCAUAUCGCUGUCUCGAACCUCGAAAGGACCCAUACGAGUACCGUACGGCACGGCAGAUCACCGACAUCCCCGUACGAUUUUUUUGUGACGCGUUCUUGGUGCUGCUUGUUGUCCGGCAACGAAACGAGACGGAAAGCAUUGCGGCAUCAGACAGGCCACCCGCGGAGACCAAAGAACGCCCGACACUAUUCGAUUGGAUUGUAUUCGAUUCGAUUCGAUUGGAUUGUAUUCGAUUGGAUUCGAUUCGAUUCGUUUCUCGCAAGCCCACCGGCACUUGAGCGACUGCAGCGCAAAAAGGAACGUCCGCACUAGCUUCUGUUUCGAUCGAUCGAUAUUUGAAACAAACGGGACCAACAACCAACGCCAACCCCAACGCCAACGCCAACGCCACAUUCCAUUCUCUUUUAUUAMAGCAGAAGACAUCGCACAGAAAUGCUUCCGGCUCGCCCACACACAGCGCUCUUGCCCGCGCUCCUGCUCCUGCUUGCCGGAAGCCCGGCCCUCGGCAACAGCGACAACGACAACGGACAAGGGCAGCGGCCCAAUUUCAUCGUGAUCCAGCCCGACGACUUUCUCUUUUUCCGCGAGUGGAACCCCCCGGCCAGGUUCUACCCCUACGAGGACUACGACGACGACGACGCAUCGGGCGACGACGACAACACCAAGCAAGGGGCCUUUGAAUCGCUCGUCCCCAGCAUCAACCGCCUGAGGGACCACGGGCUGGAGCUGACCAACGCCUACGCGGCGUCGACCAUGUGCGGGACCUCCCGGUACUCCACCCUCACGGGCCGGUACCCCUCCCGGUCGGCCUACGGCCGGGAGACCGACGCCGGGGAAUGGGUCUACGGGGCCGGCAGCGGAGCGGGCAGCGACCUCCUGCUGCGCAAGGUCGUCAUCCCCCGGACCAAGCUCGAGGACGUGGAAAGCUGGGGAAGGGACUGCACGGAGGACAACCUGGCGGCGGUCCUGCAGAGGCACGGGUACGCCACGGGGGUGGUGGGCAAGUGGCACCUCACCGACACCGAGAGCGGCAGCUACGACUCCUACGAGGAGACCAAGGACAGGGUCAAGCGCUGCGGCUUUGGGGUGGCCGAGGCCAUCUACAAGGAGAACACCGGGGGGCCCUUUCUGGACCGGACCAACGCCGACGGCGGGGAGGUGACGCACAACAUGGAGCACCUCACCUCCGAGGCGAUCCGGUUCAUGGAGGACCACCUGGGGGGCGGAACCGAGGAGGAGCAGCAGCAACAGCAGCAGCAGCAGAAGCAGCCGUUCUUUUUGUACUUCAACCCGACCGUCCCCCACUAUCUGCAGGACGUGACGGACGCCCUCCGCUACGCGGACUGCCGGGACACGGUCGCCGGCCGGCUGGAGGAGGAGCCGCUGGUGCCCUACGGCAAGACGGCCGCCUACAAGACCUGCAAGCAGUACCGCAAGAGCGUGGUGGAGCGGGCCGAGGAGGCCCUCUCCAGCGGUUCCUACGACCUCGGGGAGGUCCGGGGUUCGCCCGCCGCCCACGACGAGGACCAGUCGCUGGAGGACCGGCUGCUGGACAAGCUGGCGGGGGCCGCCUGGGUCGACGACGCCGUCGGGAGCCUCCUGGACUUUCUGGAGGACCGCGGGGCCCUCAACCACACCCUCGUCCUCUUCCAGCUGGACCACGGCAUGGAGGCCAAGGGCACCCUCUUCGAGGGGGGGAGCCGGAUCCCCCAGUUCGUCCACUACCCGGACGGCUUUGGGACGGGGGGGACCACCCUCUCGGCGCCCGCCUCGACGAUCGACGUGGCCCCCACGCUGCUGGAACUGGCGGGGGUGGUGGUCCCCGGAGAACACCAGGGCGCCGGCGAAACGUACGCCAUGGACGGGAGGUCCUGGGCGGGGGAGGCCGCAAGCCACAAAGGCGGGGAAUCCUCCACCGGUGGGGCGGAAGCAGAAGCACAGGCCCUUUCGUCCUCGCGGUGCCUCUUUGUGGAAAUGAGCUACGACCGGUCGGUCCGCUGCGGAUGCUACAAGUACGUGUACGUUUCCACUUACGGGGGGACGGCGUGGGCCGCGGGUAAGUCGUGUUUCGUGGGGGGUUUCGUCGCUGUCGUUGCUGCUGCUGUUGCUGCCGUCGUUGCUGCACGAGUGUCACCGGAGUGUCGCCUGGUUGCGCAGCAACGGAAACGGCGAGACCCAACCAAGGAGUCGGUGCGAUUCGAUUCGAUUCGAUUCGAAACGGAGCGGAGCGGGUUGGCAGCAAAGGAACGAAAAGGGAAUCAGGCGGGUGCAACGGCACUGUUUGGCUCCAUUUCUUUUCUUGGUUCCAUUGGUUGACCCAUUCCAAUCCAACCGGAUAUAUCGCCUCGCACGAUCAAACUCACUCUCAACACUGUCUUUCGUUUCCUCUCUUUCUCCUCUCCGUUUGGUGUCGAUCUUCCAGAAACGCAAGGGACGGUUCUCUCCACGCACAACUUUUUCGAUCUGUGCGACGAAACCACGGGGGAGUACGUCACGUUCCCGGACGCGAGCCCGGAGCUCGUCCCGAGCAGCAAAAUCGACCAGAAAAUCCGGGACGGCCUGAUGGCGAAGAUGGAAUGCCUUCUGCGGCAAACGGAACCCUCCGACAAAGACCUCGAUUUCGAAGACGACUGCGGGCUGCCCCUGUUCUACGUUCCGCCCAACCAGACCACCACGGACGCCGGCGCGGAUGGCGAGGGCGGGGAAGGGGCACCGCCCCGGAGCGACGCCGCCGGAAACCACGCCAACGAGACCGGCGCCGUCCACGACGAGUCACAGUGGUCGGAAUCCGAGUCGUCCGUCGCGGAAGGCCUCCCCGGCGGGGAUCCCGGCGCCGGCGAUUCCCCGGCGCCGGUUCCCGAUGCCAACGUUUCCUCGACGGAACCUCCCAGGAAACCAACGAUCGCGGACGUUUCCGCGAAUGAGGCAAAGGCAAGCGACGCAGCCGUGGCCUCGGCGCAAUCGAGAGACAACAACAAAUCCAUACUGGUGGUGGCGUCGUUUCUGCUGGCGCUGGCCCCGGUCUUUUUCUGGUGGUUCUACAAGGAGUUUUGCCGCAGAACGAAGGAGCAGACCGCGACGGCAACGGUGUUGUACCUGCCCAAGGGCAACCAAAACGACGACUGCAACGUCGAGGUAAAGAUUCAUGGCGACAGCGAAGUGGACGGCAUGGCUCUGACGCAUCGAACCAACAGCAGCAAGGACAGCGACGAUACGUCUGUCAGUGGCAAUUACCUCGACGGAGACAUCGAGGCCAGGGGCAGGAGCAUCACCAUUCACUGCAAGAGCUCGGAACCCACCAAAGCCAUCGGCGGCUCGGAUCUCCUCUCCGAGCCGGUGCCGCUCACCGAGCGGGUCGAUAGCAGCAGCAGCAGCGCCGCGUCUUCUGUCUCCAUCUGGGACACGCUCGCCGAAGAAAACACGCGGCGGUCCAUGCUGCGGGAAAAAUUCAACAUCCUGAGCGAGGACGAUGCCGCGCCAGACGCCGGGAGCGAGCAAGAGGAAGCCCCGUCCGAGAACGACGACGGUUCGGAUUCCAACCCCGGCGAAGCAGCGGGAUCGACCGGCGUGGUUCCGCCCAGCGAAUCUGAGGCACCGAGUGCGGAGGGCGACGAGGAAGAACCCACAAAGGACCAAAGAGAACAAGAGGAAAACAAAGACGAACCCAAGGAAAGCACGGAUGCAACGCCGGAUGCAACGCCGGACGCAACGCCGGAAUCGAGCAGUUCUAGCACAGCGAGCGAAUGCGCACCACCGACCGAGGAGGACGCUACGGUCCCCUCCUGCGAUGCCGAACCAACCAAAGAGGAAACGUCUGUUCCCACCCAAGAAGAAAGCACCGAUGAAACUCUCGAUGUUGCGUCUGGUUCUGUGACUGCGGCCGCCGACGAAAACGCUGAGUCGGACAAGGAAAAUACUACCCCGUCGGAAGAUUCUGACUCGGAUACUGUUAGCUAUGCGGAGGUCUAGGAUCGAAACGAAUAGCAGUGUCACGACGAAUUGAGGGCAAAAAGAUCCGAUCCAAAUCGAGCAUAGCCCACGUUCUGCUUGCCUAAAAAGCAGGACGACGACCGCUUUUGCUUUCAUUUGAUGUUGAAGCACGAAUCAUAAUGCGAGCAGCAUUCUUCGCCGCGAUCUCGGUGGUUACGGUCACGAUUUUACAAGCACGAUGACAUCGUAUUGGGAUCACACUGCAGCAAGAGGCCGAUCGAAGCAACUAAUCAGGGGCAAGAGCUAUUGGCAUUGACUAGGGGUUGAAUGCCUUCGUAGACCUCAGCCAGAGCCAAACCAUAUUCGUUUCUAAUUGCAUCACGAGUAUUUCUUGUAGGAUUCGACUCGAUCCCCAUCCAACAUUUGUAUCACUACCAUUUUUUAACCAU